AAUGGGGUCAACGAUCGGGAAACUUGUAGUCUUCCCCUCUACCUCGACGCAGUACAGCCCUGGGCCCUACCUGCUGGAGCAUCCAGGCCUAGCCUGGGAUAGAUCCUCAAACUUCACCCCUCUAGAACGCCCCCUGGUUCCAGCCCAUCCCCAUGGCCGUCUUGGGCGGCUCCAACGACACCUCCUGAGCGGCGAGUUCGACCAGCUGCGGGACUUCCCCAUCUUUGAGAGUAACUUCGUGCAGGUGACUCGGUUUGGAGAAGUGGCCAACAAGGUUACCAUGGGGGUGGCAGCCUCCAGUCCAGCCCUGGAACUCCCUGACCUGUUGCUGCUAGCUGGUCCUGCCAAGGAGAACGGUCGCCUGCAGCUCCUCGGGCUGUUCCCCCUGCAGUUCGUGCAGCUCUUCGUCCACGACGAGAGCCGCCUGCAGCUCAAGGUCAAGUUCCGCACCGGCCGCGCCUUCUACCUGCAGCUGAGGGCCCCGCCCGAGACCCGCGAGCGCGAGUUUGGCCAGUGGGUGCGGCUGCUCUACCGCCUGCGCUUCCACUCGGCCCAGGUCGCAGUGCCCUUCACACUGGAGGACUCGGUGCUGGACAGUGAGGACGAUGACGAUGAUGAUGAUGAGGAGGAGGAGCUGCUGCCGCCUGAGGAGCUCCAAGCAAUAGAAGCCAGACUGGACCCUCAGGCCUCUGAACUCUGGGGACUCUGAUUCUGUCAGCAUCCCUCACUGUCCCCCCCAAGGACCAGAGAUGAAAGCA